CAUCGAUAAAGUAGGCGUAGUUUCAUAACAAAUCCGGCAGAAAGUACCAAAUUUCAAGUGUAUUCAAAUAAAAAGACAAGUGCAGUGUUAUUUGCCACUGCGUACUUGGGUUCUGAAUCCACUAAAUCUUAGGUUAAGCAUCCAAUAAAAUGAGUUCGAAUUUCGUGAGAUUAGCCGGUAAGCGGUACAUUUCGAUCUUGAGUCGCGUGUGGUCCGGAAGCAGCGCCGGUAAAAACUCUGAAAUUACUCUACGAAAAACGCUUCAGUCUAAAUUUCCUAUGGCAACAAAUGUAGUAGUAACUGACGUAUCUGGUGGAUGCGGAUCGAUGUACGAAAUUUAUGUCGAAUCAACAGAAUUCAAGGGCCUAUCAACCGUCAAGCAACACCGAUUAAUAACCGAAAUUCUCAAGAGCGAAAUUAAGGAUAUGCAUGGACUUAGGAUACAUACGGCUGUUCCUAGCGAAUAAAUUUUUGAUUGUUACCCUGAUUAGUGUUAGUUGUUUUUUAAUAGUUUUUAUUUUGCAAUAAAAUUAAAUUUAACUGCAAUCGGCAGCAGUGACUCACCUCGAAA